GUAUAGCCAUGUACUAUAUGGUCUAAAAUUGUAAACAAAAAAAACAAAGUGCAAUCACUAGUUAAAUCACUUGAAACGAAUACAGCUAUUGUUGAUUGUAUUCUGUGGUCUGAACGGUGUUCUCUAACCUAUAAAACGGGAUCUAGCCAAAGACUUUUUAAGUAUUAAAAAUGAAUUCUAAAUUGCCUUAUACGGUUUCUUUGAAUUUAUAUCGAAAACUGAGUUUUGGAAAAUUUAAAUCAUGGUACUGUGGCUUAGUAAAGAAAGCACCACCAAUUCCUCCAUAUUCACAUAUUAUUCAGACAGGUGAUCCUGCACUAAGAGUAGUUUCGGAACAGGUACCCAAUAAUCUCGUGCAUACUCCCGAAAUAAAAUUCUUAAUGCAAAGAUUAAAAUCAGUGUUUGAAAGAUAUGGUUGUGUUGGUUUAUCUGCGUGCCAAAUUGGAAUUCCGCUACGAAUAAUUAUUGUGGAAUUCAACAAUAAUCAUAUGAAGCAGUACUCCGCAGAAGAAUGUAAGCAUAAAGAAAUACAAGUUCUACCACAAACAAUAUUAGUUAAUCCCGAAUUACGAGUCUUGGAUUACACAAAGAUCACUCAUACAGAGGGAUGCGAGAGUGUCAGAGGAUUUAUUGCAGAUGUGCCUAGGUAUCGUUCAGUGGAAAUUAAAGGUGCCAAUGAAAAUGGAGAGGAAAUUAUCCUGAAUGCAAAUGGGUGGAUUUCGAGAAUUUUUCAACACGAAUUAGACCAUCUUAAUGGAAAACUAUAUACAGACAUAAUGGACCGUAAAACUUUCUCCUGUAGUUGUUGGGAGAUUGUAAAUGAAAAGGGUGGAAAAGUUGAAUUACCAUUUAGUCCAUAAUUUGUGAUAUUAACAAAUGUCUGAGUUACCUACAUUUAUGUUAAUUAUUUAUUAAUCAAAUUAUGUAGAACCAUGUUUCCCUGUGCAGUUCCUUAUUGUUAAUCUAGCUAAAACCUGUUGUCUUCUUGUUAUUUGGAAAUGUGUUUUUUGCACAGAAUCAAUAAAAGAAGAUUAAGAGCA